AUGUCCAUGAGGACGACGCUUAGUGACAAUGCCUUGAGCGAACGUUUAUCGGACAAAGAUAUUUUCAAGAUCAAACUUUCGUUAUCUUGUUUAUCGAACCGCGUUGUGGUGUGCGGAACAACAGCAAGCCUUUAUCUUUGGCAACCGCCAAGCAUCGAUCGUCCUUCGAAUCAAUGGACCCUUGAGCGAAGUGGAGUGCCUGUGUUAGUCAUCAGCACUGGAGACUGUGGGGCGAGGAAUCCUAAAGGAGUGCAUGUGAGUUUAGUAGAGAGAGAUAGCGGCUUUGCGACUUGGAAAGAAACCCUCACUUCGAACUCUAACUACCACGAACAACAAAAGAACUUUCAUACGUUGAUGCUCUCUAAUGGGGACGGGUCCAUGGCGGGGUUUCGCUUUAAUUGUGAGGAAUCUGCUCAUAUUUUCUUGAAAGAGGUCGAAGCUGCAGUGCAAGAAAUCCUGUCGUCUGUUUCGGCUCCGGAAUUGAAUAAACUACCCACGACUACAAACAGGGAACGUUUAAAAAAGUUCCGCAAGCUAAAAAAAGUUGAGAUAUCAACGCCAUGUCUGUUUAGCCAUGUUACAAGUAUAACGUCGGCCACACAAAUCGGCGAAGGAGAAAAAUCCAAAAGUAAAAAGGACAAAGACAAAGGAAAGACUUUGAACGGAGAACUAAGCAGACCCGCACACAUUAGAAGAGCUUUUAGUAUGUCGAAGAGAAGGUAGUGCGAAGAUAUCUUUGACUAGCUUUGACCUGUUUUGCAUUCGCUGCCGGUCAAGAUACCACGGCAUAUCUUGGAUUGAGAGGCUGGAGGGAUUUAAAUAUUCGCCCCAUCUUUGCUGCGUUUGACCAGCCAGUUUUAUAUAGAUUAAUAUAUAGAAGUAAACAUAGUCAUAUAUUUUAGAGCGUCAAUUUGAUGACUGGUUUAUGUAUUUGUGGGAAAUAAUGUCACUACUUUGAUCAAGUUGUUUUGUUUAAAAAUCGAUUUAUAAGUUGUCUAUCGCGACAACUUAUAAAUAAGUCAUCUUCCGCGCCAGCGGCAAAGCUAUUAAUUCGUCACACGACAGCGUCAAAUGCAUGCAUCGCUCUUCAAAAUCUUUGGUGUAUGCGGUUUCCUCGAAGAGGGUAAUGGGUCGCGACUGAAUAAAUAUCGUCUUUGGUCCAAUAUUUUGUAAACACAAUUCACUUUUCUGUGGAAUGCAUUUUUAAGAGUUGUAGGUACUUAUCUACAGACUAGGCUGUUGACCUAAUGAAUAGUUGUAUCCGUAAAUGGCAUUAGCGUUUCUUUCAAUCAAUGCUGUAAUUCUCUGAGGAAUGUUUCCAAACAACAGUCAAAAUGCUCAUGUGGGAGAGAGGUAGUUUUGAUAUGUAAAUCAGCAGAUUUUCUUGUGACUGUGGGGCUUAAAUUUAACUUUGCCUUUUGGACUAUAGAACGGUAUGGUGCCACGGGCAUCAGGGACAAGUUGAGGUCUGUAGGCUUUUCUCCAACAUUCUCAAUUAGGCAUAUCUGGAGAAUGUCUGCACUUGCCAUGUGAAUUCAGACAUGUUAUCUCUAUAGAUUUCUUUACAAAUCCUUGGCAACCUUCCCAGACUGCUGAGAGAAAGUCAUGGUAUACUGAUCUCAUUUACAAGCCUUUUGCAAGCAUAUAAGUAGUUUGAAUAAAGGGAUGCUUGAAUGACUGCAUGUUGAGAUGUUGAAUUUUGAGAAGAAAAUCUGGCAGAGCAGUUUUUUGUCGUCAAACACCAUCUGGCAGAUCGCCAAGGGUCAUUAUAAACAGCUAUGACCUAUUUCCUUUUUUACAGGAUGUUGCCCAGAGUGGUAUACUGGUUUAGAAUGCAACUGCAGGUCAUUCAAGGUUAUCAGCCAUUUAGAAUGAAGCAAUCUUAACUUAAUUUUAUUUAAUUUUUAGCAACUGAAAAGUUUGACCAAAAUUGGUGGAUAGGCACCUUAGUUAUAGUCAUGUGAUAAAGUAUUGACUGAACCUACCAUCCUUCUGGGUCCUGAUAUAUAAUAUUUAAAUUGUCAAAACAAUCUUAAAAACAAUACCAGGGUGGGAAAUUUUAAGUCCAUGUAUCAAUUUUGCAAUCAAGACACAAUUACCUUACAUGCAACACUGAUGGAGUCUUGCCCUCUUGAAGAUUUCAGCUACACAGUUCUUAAAGGAACAAUUCUCAUUUACAGGAUGAGAUACAAGAUCAUUUUUAGGGUGCAUUGAUGGUUGAAUUAUGAGAUAAAACUGUUUCUUAGAAUGCAGAGUUGUUGCCCGAGAUGUUGAACCAAGCAGAACUUGGCUCAUGAGCAUGCAAAACCUAGUUUGAUCUUGAAUUUGACAGGUAGUUAUUUAUAGCCCUUAAUAACAGGAAGUAAGUGACUAUUUUUACUAUUUAUGUAUCAAAUGCCAAAGUGAUUCUUGUACUAGAAAAUUUUGAAAAAGAAAAAACGUAAAAACCAAACAAAACACACCAAAAUAAAUAAAAGUAAUGGAUGAUGAAGCCAAGAAAUAGUGAAAGAGUUCAAUUUUCUCAUCACCCAAACAGAGGAAAAAAGAAAAAAAAAGAGGAAAAAAAGGAAUGAAAACCUUUCCACACAACAACCGAAAUUUACCCAGGGUGCCUCUACCGCACAAAUCUAUUUUAUUUUGAUCGGGGUGGUGGUGGUGGAGGGGAGGCACGGGUGGGACAGAUGUUUCGUCGCCAUUAAGUAUCGUUGAGCAAAAUGGCGGACGCAAUUGAUGCAGGGGAUAGCUGCGCGGCAUUUAUUCUUCUAAUCCUUGUCAGACAGUGAGUAGUUAACUUCUCUCUCAUAACCUUUGUCUGAACUGAAAUAAGCAAACAAAAAUUGUAGUUAGUGGAGUUGACCGUCUGAACUUGCUUUUCAUCCUAGGACAGCUCGAUCGGACGUCUGUUUUUCUCUUUCACAUGAUUUUAAGGCAUAAAAUUUAUGGGACAAGUAGCUGCAUUAAAAACCCUUUAAGAGGGAAAUACGCUUCGCAUACAAUCAUUGUCUGAACAUUUUAUUUUUAAUUAGAUGUUACUGUGACGUGUCGUAAUCCAACAAAUAUGGCUGAACUUUGUGAUGAUUUAUAGUUCUUUGCAAUUUGCUCGGUUUUUGUCCGGUUAAAAAAUGUUGUUUUCAGGGUUUUGUGGAGGAAAUAAGUGACCUCCUUUCGAAAAUUUUAUAGAUCCUUACCACUUCUGAUAAAAAUUGAGCUUUUCUCUCUUCUAUACUUCUUUAAAAUUUUAUUUAUUUACUAUAGAGCCUCAAAAAUGAACUGAUUGGCAUAAUGAUUACCAGAGGGACAGAACCGAGAUUUGAUAUAUAGAUGAGCAAUUUAAUUUAACAUGAUAAACACUGCAUUAUAUGUUAUUGUCUGAUUCUUUCUACUCUGAAAUUUUUUUUGUAGUGGUGAAACGCCAGAAAACAAGGCAAACAUCAUUCAAGGUGAAAACUUGCUGAAUGUCUGUGAUUGUAAAUCCUACAAAUAGUUACUUUGAUUAAAAACAAUAACCUGAUUGGCUGUUUUUUGGUUGUCAAACUUGAAAGGUUCCCUUCAUCAAACUAUUUUGAACAUUUUUCUUACAGAGAGAAACAGAAGCCUCCAUUUGGUAUAAAAUUGUUCUUGGAUAGCUGUCAAUUCUGACAUCUGCUACAAGAAGCAAACAGUUUUAAAUUUCAAGAGUGUAUCUCUCUUUUGAGCUUUGAUGAAAAUGUUAUGUCUAAGACUAAAUGUAUAAGCAUUAGUUUCAUUUGGUUGGAGGUCAUAGCUUUUGCUAUCCAUUACUUUUUUUUUACAAGAGUUAGACCAGGAGUUUAUGAAAUUCUUAGCAUUAAAAUGUUUACUGCAUUGAAUGUUAACUUUAUGGUGAUGACUGAAAUGGUGUUAUAAAUGAGCAAGACUUCUUCUUUUGCAACAACACUAAAGGGCUCUGCCAUUCUUAAUUAGAUCUAAAUGAAGACUUUCUUUACAAAUCAUCUGUGAUAUCUGAAAACUGGGAAUGUUACUUGGAUAUUACCCUGUUUUAGGUGUUGGAUAUUCAGUCUUGAAUGCAUUAAGACCAGUCAUGGUUGAGAGAAAAUAAUUUAUUUGUGGUUGAUAAGUUUCAGUUCUCAUUGUGACAAAUCUGGACUGUUUGAGUUAUAAUUUCAUUAGUGUUGAUGACAAGUUGACUGAAUCAUUUUGCAGGGCAGACAGAUACUUUGCUCUCUGAUGAAGGUAUAAAACAAGCCCAACUUGCUGGAAACAAGUUAAAUGAUGAAGUUUUCUCUCACAUUUACUCAAGUGAUUUGAAAAGAGCUCGAAAAGUAUGUCAAACUAUUUUUUCCUUGUUGUGGAAGUGGUCAUGCAGCAGUAGAGAGUGGAUAAAAAGUUUAUGAAAAUUAACACUGUUCCUGUGGAAAUUUUUUCUUGUUGAAAGCUGAAGAAGGAUUUAUCUGGUUCCACAGAAGUACCUCAUUUUCCUAGUUGUUAUUUUCAAUUAAUCAGUUUUUUUUAUUGUUAUCUGACCUGGUGGGUGAAUGUUAGUUUUAUAUCCUAGCUGACUGGUAAAUAUAAUUUCUUUUUGCAUCUUUCAGACUGCAGAGGAGAUUAUCAAUCAAAAUAAUUGCUGCUCUCAAAUGAAGAUUGUAGAGGAUUCUCGUCUGCGAGAGAGAGUGAGUAUUGAAUAUUAAAUUUGUACAUACCAUCUUCUUGUUUCACCCUCUCAGAGUCUGCCCUUGGUUUGUUUGUCCUUUGAUAAAUUGUUUCCUAUAUUGAUUGAAAAUAGUUCAUUGUGAUAACAUAGUAAGUAUUCAUCAAGAAUUAGAUUCAUUGUAGUUAAACUGCUUACAGUCUCUUUUUUGUCUCAAUUUGAAGUGAGCAAGUAGAAAUAAACAAGAAAAACAUUUUACAAUAAUUUUUUCUAUUUCUGUUCCCAGGGUUAUGGUGUAGCAGAAGGAGUAUCCAACCAGAGGUUUAAACAAAUGGCAGCAGAGAACAAUAUGAAGACAAACAUAUUUACACCAAAGGGGGGAGAAACAGUUGCUGAACUCAAGGAAAGAGCAACAAAGUUUUUGAACUCCAUAAUACAUGAAAUUGGAACUUCACACUGUAGUGACUCUAGUAGUUCCAUUCAGAAUGACAUUUGUGUCAAUGAUAAAAUCAUUGAUGAGCCACAGACCUCAAAAUGUGUCACACAAAAACAAGAAAAGAUGUCACAGCUAGCUAAUAUUCUGGCUGUUUCUCAUGGUGGACUCAUAAGGCAGCUUCUGCUCCAUUGUAUGGAUGAUUUACCCUCAAAGUUUCCUCCAGGAUCCAAAAGGAGAAUUUCAUUUACUUCUCCAAACACUGGCCUAUCAAAGUUGAAAAUAUAUUUGAAAAAGGAAACAAAAUUACCAGAGUUUGUUGAGUGCUUUUAUUUAUACAAUGCAGAACAUCUUAGCUAAAAAAAAUUAAAUACAAAACAAGAAUUUCCUUAAUGAUUGUCUCCAGGUGAUGUUCCUGGAGGUG